CGCAACUCAAAAUUCAAGACCUCCUUGAGGUUUCCGACAACAACGAAAUGCCUCCCCGAUUAUCAUCUCUCACGGCAGCUUGCCGGAUAGCACCGACUGCCCGAAGUCCAAUCGCAGCUUUCUUGGUUCCAUUCACGCAAUCGCGCAAUGCCUCGAUUCUGGCAACCCUCUCGGACAAUGUAGGAGCUUACAACAAACGCAUACGACGUGGUCGAGGUCCGUCAUCAGGGAAAGGAAAAACAUCAGGAAGAGGUCAGAAGGGUCAAAAGGCACAUGGAAAAGUACCUGCAAGAUUCCAGGGUGGUCAAACACCCCAGGAGAUUGUACAUGGAACAAGAGGAUUUGAGAAUCCCUUUUCUGUCGAAAUGUCCCCAAUCAAUCUGGAUCGAAUACAGUCGUGGAUAGACCAAGGUCGACUUGAUCCGACCAAACCCAUAACUUUGAACGAGUUGGCCAAAUCACGCUGUCUUCAUGGCAUCAAAGACGGAGUGAAGCUAUUAGCACGGGGGAAGGAGGAAUUGAAGACUCCAAUCAACAUUCUGGUUUCCCGCGCAUCCACUGCAGCUAUUGAAGCCAUCGAGGCCCUUGGUGGAACAGUCACCACACGAUACUAUACCAAGGACUCGAUAAAGAGGCUGCUAAAGGGGGAAUCUGAGAACAGCUUCACUCCAUUGAGUCUGGCACCUGCUCCGACUGGCGAAUCUCCCAUCUUGAAUAUGGCGGCGUCUGCGUCACGAUUUUCGUACAGAUUACCUGAUCCAACUAGCAGAAAAGACUUGGAAUAUUAUCGCGAUUCGGCACAUCGAGGAUAUUUGAGCCAUUUGGUUGAGGAAGGCCAUGGUCCUAGUUUGUUCUUCAAGACUCCAGGGACGGGAGCACGCCGGAAAGCGAAGAAACCAGGAGUUGCUGCAGCUGCUGGGGAGAACAAGUUGUGGUAGGCAGAAGAAUUUGUCCGUGUAUACUAUUGGAGGGAUUCUGUUUCGCGUAGUGCAGUUGAAUAAGGCGCAGCUGGAAGCCCUGGUGUAACAACAAAAUGACCCCUGGUGAUAUCUUGAGAUGACCAAUCAAUCAGCAAAAGCUCCUGCAAUGCAACUUUGAGUGUCGCUUGGCCGAGUGAGAACUGGACAACGGAG